CGUCGUGAGCUUGGGAAUGAUUUGAAAACCAAGCUCGAAGUCCUUGUAACGCCAGCGAUUCUUCCGAAUAACGAGAUGCAAAGCGUGAUGGUGAAGCCCUUCAAUCAUGUGUGGUUCUAGUGUUUAGGUCUGUGCACUAGAUUUGGCGUUGCAGGAGGGGUGGGUUUUUUGUGUGAGGCAUUGGGGAGGUGUGACUUAUUUGGGGGAUCAGCGAUGUCGCGGGAGAGGGGACGGGACGAGGAAGAUGGUGGAGAGAAGCGGUCCAAGGUUUUCCGAGGGCGAGCCGAGGGCUCGGCCUCACGUUUCGACAAGCUGCAAUCGAAUCCAAUUUUCAAGAAGGUGUGCUUGGAAGGGGAAGACGAGAAGACUUCGAGGCCUCGGCUGGGCCUCAACCUCAUUGCGAGUGAUGGCAGAGGGCAUUUGUUCGCCUGGAAUUCCAAAGAGCAGCUGCUGCAUCACGUGGAAGUGCAGCAUUCCGAUUCUCUGAAGGCCAAUGCCGACAAUCCGUCUCUGUUUGCCUCGAAGAUCUUUAAGACUUUCAAAAUCAGUCCUGAAAUCGAUUUCACUGUGAGAUACAUAGCGUUCAACAGAACAGGGCGUUCGUUAACAGUUGCUGGGGACACUGGCUUGAUCGUACUUGACUUGGCUCCUCAUUUCUCAGCUCCUUCAGUCUCAUCCGGAGGCGCAACUGUCGUCAGAUCUAGCAAGGUCGGGGGUAGCAGGCUGUUUAAUAAAAAGACUUGGAAUGCAUUGCGCAUAUUGCAAGUCGAAUGGCACCCUUACAGCGACACUCAUUUGGGAGUUCUCUCAACUGAUGGUGUCCUCAGGCUAUUUGAUUUAUCGCUAGACGUUGAGGAAGCAGAGCAGGAGUAUCACUUGCAAGCAGAACUUCCUGCUCGUCCAGGAUCUCAUCCUCUUGCACGAGCUGUUGGCUUUGCUUUUGGUGGCGAACAUCUUUGGGAUCGGUUUACAGUCUUCAUACUUUUCAGCAAUGGCUCCAUCUACGUUCUCUGUCCUGUUGUGCCCUUUGGGAGUAUGUUCAAUGGAGCAGCGAUUGAUGAGCUGGUGAAGGACGCAAUGCAUUUCACACUACCGUCUAGCACUCGUGACUCAACAGUGGUGCGCAACGCAAGUUUGGCACUCGCCUGGCUCGAGUCAGUAUUUACUGGUCUUGCAGCGUGGUCAGAAAGCAUAGGGAAAGAAGCUUUACUUUCAUCCUUUAUGUUGAAAGCACACGCGCAUGUUCCGUUAGAUGCUUCUGUGUUACUUCAGGGUCCUCUACCUAUAACAGGUAGUGUGGCAAAGCAGGCUGAAAAUAUAGCGUACACAGUUGUAGGCUCGGACAGCAUACUUGCCGUGAGUGGGAGAGAUAGCUGUAUUCAUCUCUAUGGCGUGGAUGAUGAGAUGCAGCCCAUGUGGAAUACUGCCAACCCUCCCCGACUUACAGUAGAUGACGAUGGUCAUAUCUUAUCGGUUGGCAUGCUUGCUCAAGUUGCUCAGCAAGAUCGGCUGUCAACCUCUGCAUCUCUUCGUAGUAUCGUUAAUCAACAUGGAGAUGGUGCUACUGAUGAAGAUGCAAAUACCCCUUGGACAGGUCAACCACCACCUUUGGUGGGCCUCGCAGAUGUUGAGCUCUCCCUUCCUGCGCUGGUGUUAUCUUCUGCUCCUAUUUCUCUUUUUGUCGAUCCGGUUGUUCCUGAAAGGCUCUACUGUCACCAUGCGACUGGUAUGGAUGCCAUUAUUUUACAAUGGUUACCAUUUUCUGAUGAUUCUUUGAACAAAAGAUUUACUGGAGACCCGCGUCCAUCAUUGGUUCCACUUUUGGAUACAUGCCCUAGUAGUAGUGUCGUACCCUCACCUUUGCUAGGGGCGGCUGCUAUACUGGAUCCUUUGGGAGAGACAUGGUUAGUUGCAAUUACGUCACGUGGUGAUUGUGCAGUGGUUGAUGUAAAGCCACAACGCCUUCAAGCAACUCCGCUUUACUUGGAAGGCACUAAGCAAAGUGACGAUGAAGCACCAGAGGUUGGGGUUUUCCAGACUAUGAGUCGAGACUUGCUUCUUGGACCAAAAGACAUUCCUAUUCCACAGAUUGCAUCUUCUGGCACUCCUCUAACAGUGGAUAGCAUUGAGGGUCGUGCAUUUCUCCAUGAUCAGUGCAAACUGCUGCAUGAGAAGUACAUUCAGUAUGCUCAUCGGGUACAUGUGGAACUGACUUCGUUUGGAACUCGACUUCAUCAAAACGUGGAGGAUCAACACAAACGAUUACAGCAGGCUCAGGACACUGUUAAACAGGCUCAGCGAGAUACUGUUGCUCUUGCUGGACGUAUUGAGAAGGCAUUAGAUAAGACUUGGCAACUUGAGCAGCGAAUCAAAACUUGUAGCAAUAUGCCUGGUUUACGACAUAAACCUCUCACUGAAGCGGAACUGAAUUUCAAAUCUGAGCUAGAUGCAAUGAGAUUUGAAAACCACGAAAUAUUCCGUUCUGUUAUAGAGGUGUUGGUAGAUCGUUGUGAACGUGUUCUAGCCGAGUCACAGGAGUAUGCCAGGGGAUCUUCUGCAAGUCCAAGUCGAGUGUCGUCCCCAGGAAGCAGGAAGAUGACUCCGUAUAGAGGAAAGCCAGCUGCUCCAGUUGUGUCAAGUUCUCAAAUGUGUCAUUUGAAGGCUGCUGUAGAGCAGCUGGUGGGACGAGUUACUACCACAAUUUCGAAUCUUGAACUUGUUGAUGAUACACUACAACAACGGGAGCGACUUUUGGACAGAUGAUAUUGCUGAGAAAAAAUUAAUCUUCCACAAGUCUACAAAUAUUUCGUAUUCGGACAAGUUACUCAUCGGGUGGUCAGGUUCUUAUCCUAUCUUGAAUUUAGGCUGGUAAGCAGAUGCAAUCUACUCCAUUUUUGCGAUUCUAAUUCAAUAUUAACGACCCCAAGACCGUACUUUAUUCAAUUCUUAUAUCAAGUUGUUUGAUGUUUUUUAGUCUAAGGUGAGACAAUGACGAAGAUGAGUUCACGAUUGCUACAUGACUGACCAGUUCUAGUGUAUUAUCAGUUCGUAGAAACCAGAAAGUUUUCUAGUCCCAUGACGUCCGACUGUCUGAUAAUGAAUUCACGACAAUGUAACCUGAAAAUACGAUUGAUUUUGUAUAGAGUUGCGCAGAAUCUGAAGUAGUUAUUAUACUGUUAUAAUAACUAUUGAAAUUUCUGCGCCGGGUCAUGAGAAUAGUCGUCAAAUGAUAAA